GGCGGCGGGCGGCCAGGGCCCCUCGCGGACCUCCCGCUGGGGUGCCGACCUCCGGGGGCCGCAGCUACACGCAGGCCAACAGCUCGGAGUUGGUGCCGCUGGAGCUGCCGGGCUUCGAGGAGGUGCUGGCGCCGCCGGCGGGGGGGCUGGGCUGCGCGGUGAAGCACAUCCGUGUGGAGGACACCCGCGUAACCCUGGAGUACAUAACCAGCCGGCCGGAUGAGACCAACCGGCUGAUCAUGGCGUACGGCACCGAGCCCUUCGCUACCGUACAUUUUGACGUGAGGUUCGGCUCGGCCAAGGAGGCUCGCGAGUAUGUACAGGAGGUGUUGGACGCGGGCGUGCGCAUCGGCGGCCGCACCUUCCAGUUCCUGGGCCACAGCAACGAGCAGCUCAAGACACGCACCUGCGUGCUGGUCAGGAGCGAAUCGCAGGAGGAGGUACGUGGGGGCCGAAGAGAAACAGACGGCAAUGGGACCGCAAGUCCAGGGGGUUGCGACCGCAUUGCUGCGGGCACCAUCCAGCGGGGUAGCAGCUCGUACAGCGGGCAGUUACAUGUGUGUCCAAUCCACAGCGCCCGCCCGCUCAUCAUGCCUCCUACGGUGCCUCCAAGUCAGCUGUCGUGCACCGGGCUAGCCUGGGGCUCUUGCGCCAUGCCCCCUGGGACCCCCAUGCGCUCCGCCUGAUACCUCCCCCCGUGUAACCCAAUACACAGUAACCCCAUGUACGUUAUCCCCCCCCGUCUUGUGGCACCCUGCCGCCUCCU